CGAGGGUUCCUGCAAGCCGUUUCAGUUGGCGAACAACCUUCUGUGGCGACGCACGCGUUGGAAUCGGUUUAUCAGUUCGGUUCUUGGAUAUUCUGUGACAAACUUCGUGGAUGAUUUUUUAAUCUUUUUAACUAAACAUUUGAACAAUUCCAAAGAGCAAUAACAAAGUAUCUCAAAGAUGCCGGAGGAAGUUGCCGCCAAAGGCAGCAUUUUGGGCAAAUGUGUGCCCUCCCGCUACGUGCUAGCCAUAAUGGGGUCCAUUGGCAUGGCCAUCGUCUACGGCCUAAAGGUGAAUCUCAGCGUGGCAAUGGUGGCUAUGGUUAACCACACAGCAGUCCACAAUUUGGCGUCAAAUAAAACUGUUAGUAACACGACCAGCGCGAAUGAAUAUGAGGUGUGCCUCCCGCCAGGAGGCUCCACCGCAGCACCUGCUGCGCAAGAUGGUCCUUUUGUCUGGAGCGAGCCCCUUCAAGGCACCCUGCUGAGCUGCUACUUCUGGGGCUAUCUGGUCUCACAGAUUCCACUGGCCCAUGUCGCCGAGAACUUCUCGGCCAAGUGGGUGAUGCUGUUCUCCGUGGCAAUCAAUGUGGCCUGCACCCUGCUGACUCCGGUGCUCACCAAUCUUCACUAUGGCGGACUUAUCCUGAUGCGAGUUAUGGAGGGUAUCGGCGGAGGAGCCUCUUUCCCGGCUAUGCACGUCAUGAUUGCCUCCUGGGCACCACCCACCGAACGCAUGGUCAUGUCCACCAUCAUCUACGUGGGCACUUCGGCCGGCACUGCUCUCUCCAUUUUGAUGGCCGGUGUUCUCUCCGAGCAGUGGGGCUGGGAAUCAGUCUUCUAUGUGAUGGGUGCUCUCAGCUGCAUUUGGAUGGUUCUCUGGAUUAUUCUCGUUCAGGAUAAUCCCAAUAAACAGCGAUUCAUCAGUCCCGAGGAGCGCCAAAUGAUCAACAGCUCUCUUGGCACGGAAGUUAAGGAGGAACACCACCCGGCUGUGCCAUGGAAGAAGGUCUUCAAGUCCAUUCCGUUCUGGGCCAUCCUGAUUGCUCACACUUGCAGCAACUUUGGCUGGUACAUGUUCCUCAUCGAGAUUCCGUUCUACAUGAAGCAGGUCCUUAAGUUCAACGUGGCCAGUAAUGCGACCCUGAGUGCCAUGCCAUACUUCCCCAUGAUUAUCUUCAGUAUUUGCCUCGGAAAGCUGCUUGACAGUCUCCAGGCCAAGGGCAAGAUCAGCACCACUUUUGCCCGCAAAACCGCCACUUCUAUUUGUACAUUAAUUCCUGGAGCCUGCCUGAUCGUCCUUUGCUUCAUUGGAUGCCGCCACUACGAGGCCGUGACAGUCAUGUCAGUGGGUAUUGUGGCCAUGGGAGCCAUGUUCUCGGGCUUCCUGUCCAACCACAUCGACAUUGCCCCCAAUUUCGCCGGAACCCUGGUGGCGCUGACCAACACCGCGGCCACUCUUCCUGGCAUUGUGGUGCCACUCUUUGUGGGAUAUGUGACCAAAGGAAACCAAAAUAUUGGAGCCUGGCGUAUCAUUUUCGGAGUAACCAUAGUAUUGUUCGCUAUUGAGUUCCUGGUCUUUGUUAUCUUCGGCUCAGGACAGGAACAGUCCUGGAACAAGACAUCAGAGGCCGAAAAUAAGGACGAGAAGACCCCGCUGAAGAACAUAACCAAGCUAAAAACCUAGUUUCGAUCCCUUAACAAUAUUAUUUCUAAGAAGUGCUGCUUAUUUGGAAGCCUUUUGGAUACAGCUUGCAUCUAAUAGAGAGGUCAUCACUAGACUGUAUAUACCAACUACAAAAUGUAAUUUUUUAGUUUUUCUAAAACCCCAAGGCAGAUGUUGGAGUGAAAGCGAUAAGCGGAGCUAUGGGAGACCUCCGACAUCGGCCGAGAUAAUCGCAGACUUUUCUACGGAUUUAAAACUCAGCGCCCGAUCAAUGUACUUAACACUCUUGAUUCAUGUCUAAAAAUAAACCGAUGUCGUAGUGGA